AUGUCCCAAGAAUCCAGCAACGCUUCUGUAGCGGUGGCGGCAUCGAUAGGAUCAUUCAUGGAGGAAGCAUGGAUGACGAAGCCUUUUCUGUCGGACGAGUGGCAGUGCUGCAGUAUUUGCUUGGAAUGCUUGAACAGUGCAGAAGCCGAUAAGGAGGUAACAUUGCCUUGUAAGCAUAAGUUUCACUCGGCUUGUAUUCAAACCUGGCUCGCCAAGCGCGAUAUAUGUCCGCUCUGCGGGAUCAAUGUUAAGCCUGCCGUGCAGCUCUGCAGGAUCAAUGUUAAGCUUGACGUGCCGGCAAUGAUGGAAGAAAACGAUGAGAUCAACGUGUGGGUGAAUAUGAUCACCAAUAUGGCUCAACUAUGGCACUUUGAUAGUCUUUGA